ACUAAAGUAAUUAUGGCCGAUACUGAAGGAACAUCAUCUAGUAUUCCAACAUCCACAAAUUCUUCCCGUCACCGAGCAAGUCGAGGAAGAGGAGGUCGUUUCCGUCAAGCUCCUCGACAAGUAGGAGCCAAUACCGCAGAUAACCUAGAUGCGGCGCCUUUGAUGAACCCGAGAGGAGGACAUCGUGGUGGUAGUGGAAACAAACGUGGCAGAGGACAAAAAGAAGCUACCUCUGCAAGCCGUUUACAAAUGCAGCCAGAAGCUAAUUUCACCUUCAACCCCAAUGCUGCGACAUUCAACCCAGCACAGUCGGUUCUCUUCGAUCCAUCUGUGCCUCCACCGACGAUUGGUGCCUCGACACAUUCGAAUCAAAAUUCCAGACAACAGGAGCCAUCGCAAAAUAGAAGAAGACGUGGUGGUCAGCAGAACACACAGCGUCGUCAGCUCGAAAUACAAGAACAAAGAGGCGAUUCUCAUCCACAAAAUCAAUCAAGACAGAACAAUAGAAAUCAACUGAAUGUGGAUAGGAUUGCAAAUCAACAAAACAAGUCAGUGCAAAACCCAUCUCGAAAUCCUGGGAACAGCCGAAGAGGCCAAGGAGCUCGUCGACGGGAACAAAAAGAAGAACCGCUGACAGAAGAAGAAACUAAAAUUUUAGCGGAUAAGCCACUCAGAGAGGGUCUGGUAUAUCUUCUGGAAAAUAAUAAGUAUGAAUGUGCGAUUUGUUACACUCGAAUCACAACCAGACAAGGAGUUUGGUCCUGUAAAACCUGUUAUCAUAUUUUCCACAUUUCAACUGGAUGUAUUACUGAUUGGGCGAGAUCAAGCAGAGAUAAAGAAGGUGCAAACACUUGGAGGUGUCCAACCUGCCAGACAGAAAACGAAACCAUGCCUUACAAUUAUUAUUGUUUCUGUGGGCGUAUGAGAAAUCCUAAUUUCCGAGUUGGAGAAGUUCCACAUAGUUGCGGAGAGACAUGCGGUGGUGCAAGAAAGUUCGGAUGUCCUCAUCCGUGUACUGAACUGUGUCAUCCUGGUCCAUGCAUUGAAUGCAAGCUUUUUACAACAAAAUCAUGCAAUUGUGGAAAGACGAAAAAAAGUGUGAGAUGCGGAUCUGACCAAGAAGUCAUGUGUGAAACAGUCUGCGGAAAGCAACUCUCAUGUGGCCAACACAAUUGCGAAAGAAUUUGUCAUUCCGGUGAUUGUGGAGAGUGUACUGUAAUUCUAGAACAAGAUUGUUUUUGUGGCAAAACGCCAAAAGAAGUUUCCUGCAAUCCGUGUGCACACGAGAAAUAUUCAUGUGGCUCAGAGUGUGAUGGAAUGUUUUCGUGCGGAAUUCAUCAUUGUACGAAGAAAUGUCACGACAAGGAGUGUGGAGAAUGUGAAACAGGAGCCAAUAGAAUUCGAACGUGUCCAUGUGGAAGGAACACACUUCAAUCACUUGGAGUCACUAGGAAAAAAUGUACAGACAUGGUUCCAACUUGUGAUUCAGUUUGUGACAAAUGGCUAACUUGUGGAACUCCUGGAAAGAAUCAUCAUUGUCGAGAAAAGUGCCACGAAGGUCCUUGCCCUCCAUGCAAUCUCAAUACAUCCGUAAUUUGUCGCUGUGGAACGUCUAAAGGCGUCAUUCCAUGUGACGAAUAUUUGCAAAUAAUGAAAACCACUGGUGAAUAUCUCUGCACAAAAAGAUGUCGAAAAAAGAAGUCAUGUGGAAUGCACAAAUGCCAAGAAGUUUGCUGUAUUCAAGAUGAACAUUUUUGUCUGCAAAUGUGCAACAAACGACUUUCUUGCGGAAUUCACACAUGUGAGAAUGUAUGUCACGCUGGACAAUGCCGUCCGUGUCUGCAAGCCAGUUUUGAUGAGCAAUUUUGUCAUUGUGGUCACACAGUUCGAAUGCCUCCGAUUCCAUGUGGAGCUCGUCUACCAGUGUGCUCCCAACCAUGUGUCCGUCCACACAGUUGUGAUCAUUCUGUCUCUCAUAAGUGCCAUGGUGAACAAAACUGUCCUCCAUGCACACAGCUCACCGAAAAAAUGUGUUAUGGUGGACAUAGAGUUCGCAAAAAUAUACCGUGUCAUAUCGACUCAGUUUCAUGUGGCGUGGUUUGCAAAAAACCCCUCAAAUGUGGAGUUCAUGUGUGCCAAAGAACAUGUCACGGUGAAGAAUGUGAGAAAGAAGGGGAGAAAUGCACGAAAAAAUGUGAAACCAUCCGAGAGCUUUGCGAACAUCCUUGCGCACUUCCAUGUCACGAAGAUUCUCCGUGUGAGCCAAGCCCAUGCAAAGCAAGUGUGAGAAUUUCUUGUGAAUGUGGACGAAUUAAAAAGGACGCACCAUGCUGUGAAGUUGAUAAAAUGAUUCUAUCAAAACUCGAAAAGGAAGAAGAAGAAAAAUCUGAAUCGGAUGGUGAAGAGAAAGUGGUCAAAGAAGGAAUUCUCAAGCGCUCAACAAGUUUUUCUCAACUUAACUGCAUGAAAUGUGAUGACGAAUGCAAGAAAUUGGAAAGAAAUCGAAAAGUUGCUGAAGCUCUUGAAGUUGAUACAGAUGAAUAUGGAAUGAACAAACUCGCUCCAACUAUUUCCUUCCCUUGUUAUCUGAAAGAGAUGGUUAGAACCAACAUUGAUUUCGUCAAAUCUGUUGAAAAGAUUCUCAUUGAUCUGGUUAUUCAAAUUCUAAGUGGUGAAGCCUACCACGACACUUUUCGAGCUCACCUGCCAGCAAUGAGUAUUGAGAAGAGAAGAUUCGUGCAUGAAUACGCCAACUUUUUCAAUAUCGCCUCAGAAAGUGUAGACAGUCCACCAAAAAGAAGUAUCGUUCUCACAGCAGUACGAGGAAAAUCUCAUCAGCCUCUCGUUCUCAUUAGUGAUCUUGUAAACUACAAAGGAGCUCUAAAGACGCCAGGACCUGCUGUUAUUAGAAAAGAUAUAAUGGAUCAAGCUUUGAGUAAAAAAGAAGAAACAGAAGGUCUCAUGAAACCAUUAAGAUGUACGGAAAAAAUGGUAGUUCGGAGAGAAGCUCGUCCAAUGAAGGAAAUAACUGCCCCAAUCCCAUUGAAACAACAAAACCAAUUUGCUCUUUUGGGGAGCGAUGUCGAUUCGGACGAUGAAGAAAGUAACGUUCCGACAACAAGUAAUUUAGUAUCUUCACCUCCAAAAGAUUGGUGGAAAGACGAGGAAGAAGGGUGGCAAAAAGUGCAACAAAAAGAGUAUGUUGUUGAAGUCGAACGCGAUAUGACCGAAGAUGAGAUUGAGGCGGCGAAAAAACUGGAUGAAGGUCCCACAUGGGAAGAUCAAUGUGACGAAGAUGCACCAGCAACAGAAACCAGUUCAGCUAUUGAAUCUCCAGCGAAAGAGGAGCCGGUUGCUGAAUUACUAGAAUAAAACGUAUUAGAUUUUUUACAUGCACUAUCACAUCAAUUUUCGAUGUUACUAUUCAUAUCCUCAAUUGUACGGUGUAACAGUUUGUUUCAAGUACAUUUCCAUUGUUUUGAAUACUUUAAAAUACGGUUUGCUUGUUUUAACUAAUGAAUAAAUAUUCUCUGGUG